CCCCUCGAGGCCCGGCCAUGAACAUUUUCUAUAGCUACGUGGCAGCUACAUAAAGUAUAGGGUUGAGGCUAGCCUUCUUGGUAGGGAUUCUUAGACGUUAGGGACAAAAACUUUCUGUUCUCAAUAACUUUUCUUUCCACCUCUUGAACUGGGAUGUUUGACUCCAGCUGGGAAUUUUCUUUUCCCUGCCAGGAUUCUUUUAGUCGGCUAUACCCCAUUUCCCUCUCGCUGUUUGCCUACGCAAGUUGCUAAUUGACCCCCAAAGGCCUCCCCCAGUUCUCCUAAAUACCCUAAAACUUUUCUCUGUCUUUCAAAGAGACACUGCAAUACCUCAGAGUUCUCUAACCCUAAAUUCCGGUUCACAUUAACCUUUAACGUUAUUCCUCUUGGACCAGCAGAUCACACUUUUCCCAUGCCACUACCUCAGUUUCCAGGGUCCCACCCCCAGUCUCCCCCAUCUAGGCAGGCAGGAAGGAUACCGACCCAAAUACUUCCCCUCCUCCCUCCUCCCGCCCCCAACAUCCCGCCGGGAUAAAGAGUCAGGACUGGGAGAGAUACCCCGCCCCAUCCCAGCAAGAGCAGAAACCGCAGCCCCUGCCGGACGGGGGUGAAAGACAGAGGGGAAUACGCACUCCAGGGAUCCUGAGAAGUGUAGGGGCAAGUAGGGCUAGAAAAAGAGGGACCCGGGGAGUUAGACAUAAUGUGAAGGAGGGAGUAAGACUAGCAGAACUCAGGGUCCGGAAAAGGGCGGAGGGGGGGAGGCGAAGAUCUCAGGAGUCUCUGACGUCUCUGGAUAGAUUUGGGCAAAGAGCAGGAUUUGGGGAAAUAUAGUAGGAGUCGAGGAGAAGAGAGGAACAAGAUGCCAAGUUUAGAUCAAAUUCCAAGUCUAGGUUUUGGGAAUGUCAUUAACUAACACCACUUUGCUAGUUCCUGUUAAGUGAAGAAUAUCAUUAAUAAUUGGAUGCGUCUAGAGUUUUCCAAAAGCGGUUUUUUUGAAUUUUCCCCUGCAUGGGAUAGGGAAUUGGGAUUCUGGUGAAUGGUGCACCAGAUCUUGGAAAGAGCCGCACUUUGGCAGAUGGGAGGUGGGGAAGAAGGACUAAGUCCGAAGGCAAUGGGCAUUGCAGAAGCUUCAGGAAACUUAUAUCUUGAGAAAAGGUUGGGGAGGAGAGGGAGGCCGUUCCAGGGGAACAAGAAAUGCCCAGACUAGGAAUCUGCCUAUUCAAAAUCAAAAUCAAAAAAGGAACAAAGACCCUAGUUUUUUGACUCCCACGUCUCAUCCAUUUUCAGGCCACCUUCAUCAUGAACUCGGCCGCCGCAGCAGUGGGGAGUCUAGGCUACGUCCGAGAAUUCACUCGCCAUGCAACAGAUGUGCUCUGGAACCUGAACGAAUUGCGCCUUCGAGGGGUCCUCACCGAUGUCACGUUGCUAGUGGGAGGUCGGGCCCUCCGGGCUCACAAGGCUGUCUUGAUCGCCUGCAGUGGCUUCUUCUAUUCGAUUUUCCGUGGCCGGGCAGGAGUGGGAAUGGACCUUCUUUCCUUACCUGGGGGUCCUGAAGCUGGUGGCUUUGCCCCCCUUUUGGAUUUUAUGUACACUUCACGUCUACUCCUUUCACCUGCUAAUGCCUCCGCCGUCCUGGCAGCAGCUACAUACCUACAGAUGGACCAUGUAGUAGAGGCCUGUCACCGAUUCAUCCAGGCAAGCUAUGAGCCCAUAGGUAUCUCCCUGCAACCACUUGAUGCAGAAUCACAGGCACCUCUUAUGUCAGCAGCCCCUCCAGAAGGUAGCCCUCACCGCUUUGAGGGUCACCCGGACCCCCCAACAGAGUCCCACAGCUGUUUCCAUGGUCCUCCUAUCCCAGACAGCCCACCUAGUCUUGGUCCCUCAGCCUGCAACUGGAAGAAAUACAAGUUCAUCAUUCUCAACUCCAGGAUGGCCCAAGCAGGGACCCCGGCUGGCAAGGCGGACGCUAUUGCCGAACCAACUGGUUCCGUAAAGCCUGCCAGUGGCGAAGAGGCCGGUAGCAGCAGUGGGGAGGAGGGUUCCUGUUCCGGGACUGGGAGCAGGCUCUCCCCGGCGCUUGAUCCCCCUUUGCUGCUCAUGCUUCCCAGCCAGAGAAAACUCGGAUUGCCUUCUGAAGCGUCCUGUCCCCGACCAGGGAAUAAUUUCUUCAACUACCAACACUGUGAGGGAAGGCCUGGCUGCCCGGUAGAAGUGGAGUCGCGAGCACUGACCCUCAGCCUGGGGAACGAAGACAAGCCCUACAAGUGUCAGCUCUGCCGGUGUGCUUUCCGCUACAAAGGCAACUUAGCCAGUCAUCGUACGGUGCACACAGGGGAGAAGCCUUAUCACUGCGCUGUUUGCGGGGCGCGUUUUAACCGACCUGCCAAUCUCAAAACGCACAGCCGCAUCCAUUCUGGAGAGAAGCCUUACAAAUGCGAAACCUGUGGCUCUCGCUUCGUGCAGGUGGCACACCUUCGUGCACACGUGCUGAUUCACACUGGGGAGAAGCCUUACCCCUGUCCUACCUGUGGAACUCGCUUUCGUCACCUUCAGACACUGAAGAGCCACGUGCGCAUUCAUACUGGGGAGAAACCGUAUCACUGCGAGCCAUGCAACCUGCAUUUCCGCCACAAGAGUCAACUUCGCUUGCAUCUUCGACAGAAACAUGGUGCCGCCACCAACACCAAAGUCCAUUACCAUGUUUUGAGGGCCCCUUGUUGAGGGCCAGGCUUGUGGCUCAGCUUACCCUUACCCUUACCCUUUUUUGGUUCUAAUGUUGAUCUCAGUGCAGUUUUUCACUUUGGGGAGAGCAGGGGUAGCAGAUCUUCUAGGUCUGUUUCUAUUUUGCUGGCCAAAAUCUCUUCCCUUUGGGAUUUUUUGCCUAGUUCCCUAAGAAGAAUUAGAUUGCCUGGCAGGGAACAGAACUCAACUCCUAGCACCUAAUUUCAGUUCUUCUAUAAAUAUAAUUUAUUGGAGUUACUGGGUGAAGUUGAUGAUUUUUUUCUCACAAGGAACCAUAUUCCGCAUUUCCUCAUUCCUCCCCCACACCCAUUAGGGAAUUAUGUGGCUAGAAGUGAUCCACAGUAAAGUGAGGUUAUAGCUCUGCUGGCAGAGCCAAGCCUGGGGACCCAUUUGUACCUGAGCUUGAAUAUUUCAUAUAAUUAUUAUUAUUAUAGGCAUUUUACGUAAAGAAACUUUUAAAAAAAUUUUUACAAGAGGUAAGAACCUCUAUUCUACAGCAUUUUCAGAAUCUUAUGGGGGUAAUGAAGCCAAGCCAUGCCAUUCUGGAAAGUAAUUCUUAAAUCAAUGCUUUUCUCUGUGCCUGUUGAACAGAACAAUCCCUUCAGUGAUCUAGAUGUAGAGAAAAUAAAUCUUUCACCGUGGCUCUGUAAGAAGUUUUGGGGUUCUGCAUUACUCCAAAGUGGGGGCUGGUAACCUCCAGAAAUUUCGUUAGUUCAUACCUAGUCACCUAGAAAAGGAGGACUGGAUCCUUCAUGGUGAAUAUAAAAUUAUAUGUUUUAUCACUGUAGAGUUGGGUCUGGGACCUAACCUGAUAUUUUUCAAAUUAGCUCUGGUUGUGCAAAAAUUGGGAAAUUACAUGUUGGCUCUAGAAAGGAAUCUAGAAUUCCUUGCUACCCUAGAAUUCAGCCUGCUUAUCUGUUAGGCUGCUGGAACUCUCUAUAUUGUCUCUAUAUUAUCAUUUGGAAUGACAAAGACUGAGGUCCUUGAGGCUGAGGUGAUGAUACCUUCUGUUUGGGUCUAUAUUUGUUUCCUUAGUGUUUUCUCUUGCAGAGAAGAAAAUGAUCAUUUAUUUUUCCUUGAUGCUGGACAUUGCCUCAUUAGUCUCCUACUGUAACUAGAAAACUUUAGCUCAAGAAAUCUUGGGUACUAUGUAAUACUGUCUUGUUGUUGUUGUUGUUGUUGUUGUUUUUAAACUUAGAAACUGUUCUGGAAUAUCAGUUUUGUUUGUUUUGAACCGCAAAAGGUAUCACAACCUAAGGCUAUAAAAAGGUGUGGGAAGAAGAAAGAGUUUAAGUUUCAUGGAAUAGAACAUGGACUGGACAUUUAAGGGAAUGUUGUAAUUGCUGAGUUGAAUUUAAGGGCUUCCAAAAGGAUGGUCUGUCAAGAACAGCCUCUGACUAUUGGACAGAAAAGUAGACUUCUAUGUAUUUGGGCCCAGGAUUAAAAAAGACAUUUCCAAAUGAUGUUGGUUUCACAAGCUGGGAUCAAGUGAACCUUGUACUUUGAUCUGCUAGUUGAACAAAGGGUUGGAAAUAAAAUCAAUUCCUUUCAAGAUGAAGAAGUCUUAUUACAGUUACACAUCUUUACAUCAAAGCUGUGCAAAUGCAUAGACUGGUAUUUCUCUACAAAUUAUUUUUGGUAAUGUGAGAGAGGUAUACUCAUUGUAGUUAGGCAACUGAAUAUGGUGGGGGUUUAAAUUUGGUGGCCCUUGCCCAAGUGAAAAUAGAAAGAGGAGAAAAAUGAGAGACCAGAGGUGAUAUUUAAAGGGAGAAUGAAAGGAAAGUGAAUGAGAGAUGGAACUAUGAGUGGAUGGAUCUAAAAUGGCAUACUGUAUAAGACUUGGAAUAAAGAAAUAUUAAUAUCA